GAAGUGAGGAUUAGUGACAUCCUGUAAUAAUGAGAUGACAUAAACAACAUACGUAUAAACACUUCUUUAUAAUAAUUCUACAACAUGUAAGAAAGAAGAAAUCGGAAGACUUAUGACAUUGGAAGGUGGGAUGACGAUAGGGAUGCAUAGAGACUCUCUUGUCAAUCAAUUGGAAGGAGUAACCAACCCUGAUUAUUUAGUAAAUAUUGAAAAUUGAUGAUUCUGUCUAAUAUUUUUUAGAUAAAAAAAUCAUACUGACUCUGUAUCCUUGUGACAAUUGUAAUUCUGAAAUAACCUGCCAACUGAUUUAAGCCCUCGGAAGCAAUAAAUAUAUAUGAAGUGACAAAAUGGAAAAACUGCUUUUAUUCUUAGUAAGUGUUAUACAUGUUGUUAGUGCAAUAUCUUAUAAAGUUGAAAAACAAAUUCUAAAGGAUGAAAAGGAUUUGAAUGGAUCCAUCACCCACUUAAUUCAUGAUAACGUCACCAACAUGUUUUAUGUUGGUGCUGUAAAUCGUAUUUUCAAAUUGAGUCAAUCGUUGGAAGUUCAGCAACAACUAGUGACAGGCCCUGAACCAGAUAAUCACUUAUGUACUGGAUCUGAAUGUUAUGGAAAGACGAAAGAAUUGACCGAUAAUUACAACAAAAUUUUACUCAUUGAAACCGUAACAAAUGGAAACGAUCGUCUUGUUGUAUGUGGCAGUAUAUUUCAAGGUUUUUGUGAAUUUAGGGACUUACAAAAUAUAAGCAGGAAACUGUCUAUGAAAAUGCAUACACGCCUUGUAGCUAAUUCAAAAAGUGAUACUACUGUGGGUUUGAUUGUAAAGCAAAACCUGAAUGAAAAUAUUUUAUUCAUUGGAGCAUCAUACCCAAUCAGUCUUCACUGCAAGGAUGAAGUUAAUAAGAAUGUGUUUUCUCUUAUACGUAGAGAUAUACCUGCUCUAAGUAUGAGAAAACUGAACAAUAAUAGCAGCGCCUUUUCACUAUAUAAAGAAGCCUCAUUUUUUGAACCACAGUCUGCUCUCAAAUUACUUUAUGAUAAAAUCAAUAAAUAUAUUAUUGAUUUUGUAUCAGCUUUUUCAAUUAAGGAAUAUACAUAUUUUGUAUCCUAUCAGCCGUCUGAUUUAAUUCAAAAUUGUGAAACUAAUCCAAACCCAAAACCCUCACAGUCUAUGAUAUCUCUCACAUGCAAUAGAGAUACUCACUUUUAUUCAUAUAUUGAUAUACCGCUUACUUGUGGAAAUACUAGUACUACAAAUUAUAAAAUAGUGCGAGCCGGAAAAACUAUCAUACCUGGUCUUAAUUUACUGAAUAAACUUGGACUUAACAGUGUAGACAUUGAAAGCAAGGAAAUUCUUGUCUCUCUGUUUGAAAAUCGGCAUAAUGGAAAAACAGAUGCUGCAGUUUGCAUAUACACAAUUGAUGAAAUACAAAAGAAAAUGAAGUUUAAUAUACAAGAAUGUCAGAAAGGAAGUGAAGCAAUGAAAGGAGAAAAUUUUGACGAUGGUGCUACUUGUACACAUCAGGGACCAGUAAUAGGAAGUCUAUCUACACUGUGCAUUACCAGGAAAAGUCUUUACGGAGGAAGAAUAUCUGGAGUGGUUGGUGCUCAAGUGCAACCUGCCAUUGUCUUUGAAAAUACUGCUUUGACUUCCGUUACACUUACCACAACAUCUAACUUCACUGUAGCUUUCCUUGGUACAUCAAAUGGACAUGUGAAAAAGAUAGUGAUAGAGAACAAGACUAUGGCAAAAGAAUAUGAUCGAGAGCUGGUUAUAGACGAGGGAAGUCCUAUAAACCAGGAUACAUUCUAUGACUUUGACAAUAGAAAUCUGUAUCUAACAAGUCAGAGAUUGGUUGCUAAAGUACCUGUAGAAAAUUGUGGACAGUACGCCAGUUGUACGACAUGUUUAGCCAGUAAAGAUCCAUUUUGUGGCUGGUGCACCUUGGAAAACAGAUGUACCUUGAAAUCAAACUGUUCCAUGGCAGACCAAAGCUCAGAUCGAUGGAAAAUUCUGACUGACUGUACUGCUAUUGACAACAUCUCUCCACCAAUGGCGUCUUCAACAGAGAAUAUUACGCUAUACAUGUCAAUCAUAGAUAUACCUCGUGAUUCAAACUAUAGCUGUGUGUUUGACUUUGGUGACAAACAACAAGCCACUCCUGUUAAUUCCUGGAACUUUGGUAUCAGCUGUAAAACUCCUCAGAUAUUUUCUCUUGGUGUAGACUUUGGACCUACAGGCAGCAAGAAUGCCACAUUGUCGAUACGAUCAGAAGAAACCAGGAAGCUGUUUGUGUCAAGAUACUUCACAUUUUAUAACUGUGGAAGUUUUUCAAGUUGCACAUCAUGUACAAAUAAUAAUUAUGCUUGUGACUGGUGUGUCUAUGCGAACAUGUGUACAUUCAGGACCAACCCUUGCAAUAGUCAGACUAUUUUUAGCCGUAAUAUAUUUGAAUAUGAUCCCGCUCAUGAUACCGUUGCUAACCACACAGACCAAAUCUAUGGUGAUGGAAUACGACGAGGUCCAACAUUUUGUCCAAAGAUUGACAAAGGCCGAACCGGUGAAGUCUACAUACACAACAAUACCAGCAAGGACGUAGUCAUCAUUGGGUCUUCUUUUCCUGAGAUAAGGAAUGGGAACGGUUAUAAAUGCAUACUUGGAACCGGUGCUUAUAGUAAUGGGAACAUCGAGGCUGUGGCUACCAGAGUGUCAGGUACAGAGCUUAAGUGUCAUGUUCCAUUGAGAUCAUAUGAACUACCAGAUACAGGUAUCAUUAAAGCCAGUCUCAGAAUUACAUGGGGUAGAGGAGCAGAAAUAGAAAAUGAUGGGGCUACAGUAAAAAUAUACAGCUGUUCCAAAAAGGCUCAUGGUGACUGUAGUCUGUGUAAGAAUUUUGGGUUAACUCGUGCGUUGCUGAAUUGUCAGUGGUGUGAUAAUCCAUCGCACUGUCAAUACAAGGAUCACUGUUCUUCAGUGGCCGCAGUAGCAAGUUGUCCAGGUCCAUAUGUUUAUGAGGUAUUACCACGGUUCGGCCAUGUUCAUGGAGGUACAAUUGUGACAAUUAAAGGAAGCAAUCUCGGAGCUGAGUUCAUUGAUGUACAGAAUAAUGUGACAAUUGCUGGAGUACCCUGUAGACCUGUUGGUGAAUUGUACAAACCUGCCACAGAGAUAGUUUGUAAACUUGGACCCAGUGAUGCAGGUGUUAAAAAGGGACAUGUAGUGGUUCUUAACAUACCAUUCUAUAAGUUUGAAUUUCAAUAUUUGAAUCCAAUACUACAACGAGUAACACCACAUAAAAGAGCAGUAUCUGGAGGUGCCAUUUUGACCUUGCAUGGAGAUCCUAUCUAUUUAGGAACAUCACUGGAGGUCACUGUUAAUGAUAAAGUGUGUAAUAUAACAAGUAAAAAUAAAGCACAAAUCGAAUGUCGACUGCCACCUGGGAAAUUGGGUAAAGCUAAAAUUUCAAUCAAGAUUGAUGGCAAUGAGAUCCGGCAAGAUAUAGAUGACAACACAAGUUUAACAUAUGUAGCAGAUCCAGAAAUCACGAAAAUACAACCAUUAAAAAGUUUUCAAAGUGGAGGAAGAAGAUUAACAGUUAUGGGAACUGAUAUUAACAUUAUCGAUCAACCGAAAAUGUUCAUCUGGAUAAAUUCUGUCAUGUCAAACCUUACCAACUGUCAGGUCAAAAAUGAAACAUUUAUGUUUUGUCCAUCACCCAAAAUCGUGACAAGGUUCAGACGCAUCAAACGCUCCACAGGAAAAAUGACAGCAGAAAUAGGAUUUAUAAUGGAUAAUGCAGUUAAUGUCCAAAAUUUGACUGGCAUCAACAGUCAGUUACAGUACUACCCAGAUCCGUUAGUGUACAAAUUUAAACCAAUGAAGGAAGAAAACGACUAUGUGAAACUUUUAAAAUCAGAAGUUGUUAUCAUAAAUGGAAAAAAUUUGAUGGUGGCAGCUCAAAGAAGAGAUAUACAAGUUGCCAUUGGAAAGGACAAUUGCAAUGUUACACAUUUAUCUGAAAAUCAGAUAAUAUGUAAACCUCCAACAUCACAACCGGAAACAACAUCUGAACAUAGCAGGAAUGAUAUACCUGCAGUUGUGGUCUAUAUUGGGAAUACAAAAUACUUUGUUGGUUACUUGGAAUAUGAAUCUGCCAAGGUAUUGGGUAUACCGCGUGGUUACAUUAUUUGGGGAGUGACUGGUGUUGGACUGGUUAUUCUCAUGACAAUCAUCAUAUGUUCCUGUAUAUAUAAACGUCAGAAAAAUAAAUCCAAGCGAGACAUUUACAAAAUGAGGUAUCAUCUAGAUAACAUGGAAAGUAAUGUCAUUAUUGAGAAUAUAGAAGAUAUGUCAGACCUGACUGCAGAGAUAGGAGAUGGAACGAAACCUCGCUACAAAUAUGACGAUUAUGCAUUCAAAAUACUUUUCCCUCAUAUGCUUGAUCAUGUAAUACUUCAGCCUCCAAAUACAAAGUAUGGAACCAAUGAUAUACAGCAAGAUGAAGCAAUUUGUCAUUUUAAACAGCUAUUACAACAUAAACAGUUUUUAUUAAAGUUCAUACGCACAUUAGAAAGACAAAACAGUUUUAGAAUCCGAGAUAAAUCAAAUGUAGCUUCUUUAUUGAUAAUUUUGUAUCAGAAUAAUUUGGAAUAUAUCACUGAUAUUAUCCAGUCAUUAUUGAAAGAAUUGGUAGAACAGUCAUCAGUGGAAGGGAAACAUCCAAAAUUGAUGCUGUUGAGGACAGAAUCAGUGGUAGAAAGUUUGCUGGCUAAUUGGUUAGCUCUUUGUAUGUAUAAACAUUUAAUAUCAUCUUUAAAUUAUCAGGAGUCGGCUGGUUCUUCUUUGUAUAUGUUGUACAAAGCAAUAAAAUUCCAUGUAAUGAUAGGUCCAGUAGAUGCUGUCACUGGUGAUGCAAUGUAUUCUUUGUCUGAAGACAGGUUACUAAGGCCAGAAAACAUCCCAGAUACUGUUACCAUAACAUUAAAUGUAGAAUUUGAAGGAAAACAAUACAAAUGUCGCUGUCUGGACUGUGAUACCAUUACUCAGGCGAAAGAGAAAAUGUUGGAUGUAAUAUAUCGUAACAUGCCGUACUCUACCAGACCAGCAGCAGAAGAUUUGGAUCUGGAUUUAAUAAAUGAAAGCAAGACAUUAGAAGAUGAAGACAAUAUGAAGUGGGUGGAUAAUGGUUGGAGACUAAAUAUGCUAAAAGAUUAUAAACUUCAAAAUGGUGCCGACGUGGUGCUUUCACAAUAUCAUAAGUGUCGACCUUUGCCUAGACCUCAAAAUAGUAAGAUAUUAUGUUUUCAUAGGAACGUGAUGGUUGUUUACAUCAUUGUCUUUUGUCAGGUAAAACAACCUGAUGAUGCACAGACAAAAUGCCUUAGUUCAGAAGUAUAUCAUUCAAGAUUGUUAGCUACAAAGGGUACUCUGAAACAGUAUAUUGAUGAUUUUAUUAAAACUGUGCUGACAGCCAGUCAAAAUAUGCCUCCUGUGAUAAAAUAUUUGUUUGAAUUCUUGGACGAUGCAGCCAAACAAAACAAUAUUACAAAUCCAGAAGUAGCAUACACAUGGAAAUGUAAUAGUUUGUUGCUGAGGUUCUGGGUGAAUAUAAUCAAGAAUCCAGACUUUUUAUUUGAUAUCCACAAGACCAAUAUUGUAGAUUCAUGCAUGUCUGUAGUAGCUCAAUGUUUUAUGGAUAGUUUCCAAACAUUAGACCAAAAUUUGAGUAAGAAUUCCUCAUCUAAUAAAUUAUUUGCCAAAGAUAUUCCAGAGUUCAAGAAAUCUGUUUCAAAAUAUUUUGAGGAAAUACAGAGAAUGCCUGCAGUGAGUGACCAAGAUCUCAAUGCCUAUCUAGCUGAAGUGUCUAAGGUGAGCACAGCUCACUUUACCAAAGACAAUGCAUUGCUUGAAUUGUACAGCUAUGUACAGAAAUACAGUAAUGAGCUCGAGAUAAAUGAAAUUUUAGUAGCUGACAGUUUGACUGAAGCAGAAGAGGUUCCAGAUAGAUCUGAUAAUGAUAUUGAAAAUACGGAAGGUCCCUCCAACGCUUGAAUGGCCUACUUGAAUUGAUACUGUGAACCUACUUAUUUUCAAGAACAAUUUAUUUUCCCAACUUUUGCAUGUAAAAAGUUUGUGCAAAUAUAAAUCGUCUUCAAUUUGUAUACCUUGGAUAUUUCCUGUUUAAACGGCAUCAAGUAUAUUAGCGCAGUGGUCUAAAUUAGAAAGGGUAAAACUUUAAUUAAAGCAUUCGCGAAAAUAUAUUGAUUAAGAAUAAUCAUUUCUGUCGAGUAGAACUGUGUGAAAUGGAGCCUCGUUCGGGAAAACCAACAAUAUGCAAAUUAAAUAUACUGGUACCAUUUGAUUAAGAUUCAUUUGCUAUCCAAUCAUAUAGCCUAGAGUUCUUAAAAUAGUGAGGUUAAAAUUGUACUGUUUUCAUUGAAAUGUGGAUUUUAGUCAAGCUAAAAUUGUUGUGUUAGAAUGUAUGAAUCUGUAGUGUUUACUGGUUUUACCAGAAUUUUCCAUUUAUUUAUCAUUUAGUAUGAGCUCAACAAACAGAGUUAAUGAUAUUCCUCAUAAAUAUAUAAAAGCAACAAACAUACGAGUUCAUUGCUUUUCCAUUUAUGAUUCAUUUCAUGUCUACACAUAAUGUCAUAUUAAAAAAUACAUCAUAUAUGUCUUGAUAUGAUUGUUAUAUUAUGAACACAUUACAUUUAUUGCAUAGCAUAUAAUUAGUUUUGAAUCUAUACAAGUUUUGAAUUUAUAUUCAGCAUUCUGAAUAAUGUUUAUACUGGUAAGAUGAUCCAAAUUGAUAAUUGCUUUUCAAUGUACAUUACUUGCAUUAGAAUUGUUUCCUGCAUGCACAAUCAUUUAAUCCAAUUAUAGUAUUUUUUAUCUAUGGUUUGUAUAUAAGCUUAAGGAUUUCUUUUUUAAUGUUACACUACAUUUGAUAUUAAAUAUCAAAUUUUUU